AUGUCUCCCAAGGCCCCCAAAGUCGAGCGCAUCCGGGCCCGCCCAACUGUCAUCCGCCGCCGCCGUUGGAAAGUCGUGGAUUCUGAAGAGCCGAGCGUGAUAUGGAAACGACUAGCCAAGAGAAAUUUCGAGGUCCUGUUCUGGGAGGCGAUCGAUGAGAUCGAUGAGCAACGCAGGAAAGAUGCCGCUUGCUUUAUCUCUAACGCCACAUACUACUCCAAGCGCAUCGAGAACAUGCCGUCAAACUACAGCCGCAUGUUGCGCGACAUUGUGGGCAACCAAAAGCCUGGCGGAGUUCCGCAGGGCAGGUCGACAUAUGCGUGGAGCCGCAUCGGAGAGAAGGACGGCGAAGAAGGAAGUGAGGUCGAGGAGUCGGAUACGCCGGUGAUCGCCGCGGGUGUGUUGACGGUCGUCACUGUCAUCGUUAUCGGCAGCUGGCUGUGGAUCAGGAAUGUGAGGGGAUGA